CCUCUUAUUAAUAUAGAGAGGGAAGGGAAAUUAAGCGAAAUUAUGCGCAAAGCUCGAGGAUCUGUGUGCCACUGCACCCAACGUUGUCUGUUCAAUCAAUCCACUCUGGUUCACCUACAAUUCUUUUGUCCUUUUCCUGAAAAUUGUUGAGCUGCAACCACUGCACAUCCCCAGUUAAAAAGUGGAAUCAAUAAUUAAUUACAGGAAUCGGAAUCGGUUUUAGAGAGCCGUCUUCAAAAACUCAACCUUUAGUCGGAAGUUGGUUCCAGUGGGGGUACACACACCAAUAUCUCAUACAAUCCAUUCUUUGAAGGAUCCGCAUAACUUAAAUAAAUCUCUAGAUGGGGUCUGAAGGUCCUACUCCUGCAGUAACAAUUCAUGUGACCGGUUUUAAAAAAUUCCAUGGAGUUGCAGAAAAUCCAACCGAGACGAUUGUGAGCAAUCUAGAAGCCUACAUGAACAAAAGGGGUCUGCCAAAAGGGAUGACCCUAGGUAGUUGCACGGUUCUUGAAGCUGCGGGACAUGGAGCCCUUGUUCCUUUGUACCAAACAUUGCAAUCUGCCGUGAGCAUGAAUUUUGACAUGCAAAAUUCUGGUAGAGUUAUUUGGGUUCAUUUUGGUGUAAAUAGUGGAGCGACAAGAUUUGCUUUAGAGAAUCAAGCUGUCAAUGAAGCUACUUUCCGUUGCCCGGAUGAGAUGGGAUGGAAGCCUCAGAAAGUUCCCAUUGUUCCCGCUGAUGGUGGGAUCUCACGAAUUCGGGAGACUUCCCUUCCCGUUGAGGACAUUACAAAGUCGCUUGCAAAAAUGGGGUAUGAAGUGACAACCUCAGACGAUGCUGGCCGGUUUGUGUGCAACUAUGUUUACUAUCACUCUUUGCGCUUUGCAGAACAGAAUGGGAUAAGGUCACUGUUUGUGCACGUGCCUCUCUUCCUCACCAUAGAUGAGGACACCCAGAUGCGUUUUGCAGCCUCCCUCUUGGAUAUACUUGCUUCUUUGUACAUUGAUUAGCUCCUGUGAUGGUUAAAAAAACUCGAUACAACAGCAUAUAUGUAUAUAUAUGUUUAUGUUGGGUUCGUAUGUGUGCAAAAAUGGUCAUUCACUGUCGAAAUGCAUUGGGUUUAAUAAAACAGUUUGAGUGUUAUAAUUCACUGAAUUUCUGGACAUUCGUUUCAUGUCAGACGACGCUCUUCUAUCUCACUCUGCUUAUGCAGGACUCUAAUGUGGUUAUAAUUCUGUUAUUUCAACAUUUUGUAUGUGGAGUAAUUCAACAAUUCUUGCAGUGGGUUUGCUGUGACUUGUGUACUUUUUGUUGUUGGAUUUAAGUGCUGCUACUCAUAUAACUGGUAACAAAACCCCUUUCUCCUCAAUUUCAUAUUCAUUAUCGUGAUCCCCUGUUCUUUUGGAGAUGGUACAUACUCUCCUAUCACUGGUACAAGCGUUAUAACCCCUAAUAAAAAUGUCACUGUUGAUAAUGUGCUUUUUGCUCCCCACUUUCAUGUUACCUUGUUAUCCAUCAAUAAUCUCACCAAAUCACAUAAUUUCUGUGUAACCUUUUAUUCCUCGUAUUAUGUUUUGUAGAUGCGGAGGAUGAUUGGUAGCGGAC